UUACAUAAUUUUACCAUCACACAUUGAAAGAUAAUAUAUUGGAAAAAUACAGAUUUUGAUGUAGACUCUUUAUUUCUGGCCUGUUUCUUUUAAUGUCAACAUGUAAAUUAAUACUUUUUAUACUGUUUCUGUGAAUUGUUGACAAAAUUACAGUUAAAAUGGCACAUUUUGUUUUACAACAUUUGGUGUGACGAAGUUCAUGACAUCACUAGCUGAACUUCCAUCCAUCCAUUCUCUCUACACUGCUUUAUCCUCACGAGGGUCAUGGGGGGUGCUGGAGUCUAUCCCAGCUGACUCAGGUGAAGGCAGGGGACACCCUGGACAGGUCACCAGUCUGUCACAGGGCUACAUAUACAGACACACAAUCACACUCACAUUCACACCUACGGACAAUUUAGAGUAACCAAUUAACCUCAGCAUAUUUUUGGACUGUGGGAGGAAGCCGGAGUACCCGGAGAAAACCCACGCAUGCACAUGGAGAACAUGCAAACUCCAUGCAGAAAGAUCCCAGGCCGGGAUUUGAACCGGGGAUCUUCUUGCUGCAAGGCAAAAGUGCUAACCAAUGUAGUCCACUGUGCAGCCCCGAGCUGAAGUUGUAACAGCAAAAACCCAUUUCAGUUAGCUCCUGUAUCAUUUGUGUAUUGCUGUGCUACACCAUCAUGAGCCUCAGACAGUCUCACACAGAAAUAAGACUGAAAAAUAACCUGCAGUGGUGCAGUAAUUUUUGGAAUGAUCUUGUUUAACUCUAGUAAAACAUCCAUGUCUAAAAUCUCCCACUCACAUGCCACCAUUAUUAAAUAUUUUCCUCUUUGUUUUGUUGCAGCGUCGGAGUUCAGGAUUGUGCUGCUGGGAAAAAGUGAAGACAAGAAAACAAAACUUGGUAACUUCAUCAUCAGAGAUCGAGGUUUUGAUGUACAGAAAUCAAACCAGCGUUGUGUGCCCAUCUGUGGAGAGUGGAGAGGAAAACAUGUAACAGUUGUGAAGACACCAGAUCUCUUCAGUUUUCCUGAGCAGAAAGUGAGAGAAGAGGUGAGAAGAUGCAUCAGUCUGAUCUUCCCUGGACCAAAUGUUCUACUGCUGUUAGUGAAGCCGUCUGAAUUUAAGGAAAAGGACAAAGAAAAACUGAAGUUCAUCCUGAGUCUGUUUGGUGAAGACGCCUUCAAACACUCCAUGGUCAUCAUAACGCAUGAGGAGAAAACAGGUUCAUCUGUAAAUUGGCUUCUUGAAAAAUGUGGACAAAGACAAUUCUCCUUGAAUAAUAAGGAUCAUGGACUGUUAACGGAGAAGAUUGAGAACAUUGUGCAAGAAAACAAAGACACCUUCCUCACUUGUACUGAAGAGACAAGAAGACCAAAGUCUGUUUUAAACCUCGUCCUGUGUGGUAGAAGAGGAGCUGAGAAGACUUCAGCAGUCAACGCUAUUCUGGGACAAAGAAAGUUUGGUGGACCUGAAGACUCAUCAGAGUGUGUUAAAACCCAGGGAGAGGUGUGUGGACGUCGGGUUUCCCUGCUGGAGCUGCCUGCCUUGUAUGGAAAACCUCAGGAGGCAGUGAUGGAGGAAUCAUUCAGGUGUAUCUCCCUCUGUGAUCCUGAGGGCAUCCAUGCCUUCAUCCUGGUCCUACCUGUGGGUGCCCUCACUGAUGAAGACAAGGGAGAGUUAGAGACCAUCCAGAACACAUUCAGCUCUAAAGUCACAGACUUCACCUUGAUUCUGUUCUCUGUGGAGUUAGAUCCUACAGCUCCACCUGUUGUUGACUUUAUCAGACAGAACAGAGACAUCCAGGAGCUCUGUCAGAGCUGUGGAGGAAGAUCUGUUGUUGUCAGUAUGAAGGACAAGCAGCAGAUCCCAGAGCUGCUGGAUCAAGUGGACAAGAUGAGACUGUCAGAUCAGAAACCUCACAGCUACACAACAGGAAUGUUUGCUCAUGGCCAAAUGGAAAAGAUCCUACAGCUAGAGGCUGAAAUCAAGAAACUGAAAAACCCUCAUGUGGUCUCCUGUAAGUAUUUCAUAGUUUUUAUUUUCUGUAGUAGCUGAUUCUCCUAAACCCUCUUCGACACAAAGUUCAUACUUUAAAUAACUGUGUUUGGUUUCACAGCUGAUGAAGAGCAGCAGAGUUCAGAGAGUCUCAGGAUUGUGCUGAUUGGGAAGACUGGCAGUGGAAAGAGUUCUUCA